UGUCUCUCGCCUUGACGUUUUACACCCCACAGCGGCGACUCGGAGCAGGGUUGCACGUCCCAGCCAUGAAGUUCUGUAGGUGGGGCGGGCUUUAAUUUGCUUAUAUCUAAUGAUUUCAGGAGGCUUGCUUUAAAAUGGCGGCAAUCAGUACGCACCCCUGCUAAAGGCUCUCCCGGCUCCGGGGCCACCUCGCGCAGCGCUGCUUUUGCUUCUGCCUCUAACAGAUGGCAUGUGCCGCUGUCGCUGCUGCUGCCCCCGCCACUGCCGCUGAUAGCAGGACCCCUUAGCCCCUGGGUUUGCGCUCGCAGCAGAAGGUUUCUGAAAAGUGCCUCUUCUGAACGCUGCUGCUUCGAUUCCCCUCUAGAGCUGUUUGCUUAUAAACCCCUCUCCCUCCCCAGCCCCCAAACUUGGUUUGCUUGUAGUUCAGUCUCAACAACUUGUCCAUUCUCUUUUCCCUUUGAUUCCCAGUUUCCCUAGUCAUUUUCUUUCCUCCUGACUUUGCGGCACGUUGUAUUUGUACAGUUGUCCCAUCCUUACCAAUCUUAAUCAUUAAAUCCAAGGAAUAGGGGAGAAAAACAUUUCUCCCCUUGAUCUGAAACCAUUCCACAAACUGAAGGGCAACCAGCAGUGUAUGCUUUUUGCAAGAAUAAUUGAAAACAUCAGCUAAAGAGCACAGAAUUCUUUUGAAAGCCUGCCAGUUAUUAUUGGAAGUAACUUUGGCAGAGGAACAAAUUAAACACUCAAUAUCUUAACCUUUCUGGUUGCCUUCUUAGGAGUUGGUCUCCCAUUUAAUUUUUAGCUGUUCUGAUACAAUUUUUAUUUUGCGAUUGGCUUUUUGUUUGAUCAGACCAAAUUUUGGCUGGGACGAAAACCUAAGUGCUAACAAAGAAGCAUUUCAGCAAAGCAACCUCACCGCUUCGCAUCUAGCUUGAAUUCACUUUUAACCUUUUAACAGCACUGAAACUGUCCUAAAGAGGGUGCACUUGAUUCUAACUUCGCUUUCAAUAUGACGGCGGUCAAUGUCACCCUGGUUCGAGACACCCAGUGGCUGACUUUAGAAGUCUGCAGAGAAUUUCAGAGAGGAACCUGCUCUCGAGCCGAUGCAGACUGCAAGUUCGCCCAUCCGCCGAGAGUCUGCCAUGUGGAAAAUGGCCGAGUGGUGGCGUGUUUUGAUUCCUUAAAGGGUCGCUGUGCCAGAGAGAACUGCAAGUACCUUCACCCUCCUCCACACUUAAAAACUCAGCUGGAAAUUAAUGGACGCAACAAUCUGAUCCAACAAAAGACCGCCGCGGCCAUGUUCGCCCAGCAAAUGCAGUUUAUGCUCCAGAAUGCUCACAUGUCAUCACUUACUUCUUUUCCUAUGAAUCCAUCACUUGCGGCUAAUCCUGGAAUGGCUUUCAAUCCUUACUUACCUCAUCCUGGGAUGGGCCUGGUUCCUGCUGAGCUCAUACCGAAUGCCCCCAUUCUGAUUUCUGGAAACCCGCCUCUCGCAUUGCCCGCAGCUGCUGGUCCCAAACUGAUGCGUUCGGAUAAACUGGAGGUUUGCCGAGAAUUCCAGCGUGGAAAUUGUACCCGUGGUGAGAACGAUUGUCGCUAUGCUCACCCUACGGAUGUUUCCAUGAUUGAGGCAAGUGAUAAUACCGUGACAAUCUGCAUGGAUUACAUCAAGGGGCGAUGCACCCGGGAGAAGUGCAGGUACUUUCAUCCUCCUGCACACCUGCAAGCCAAACUCAGGGCAGCUCAUCACCAGAUGAACCACUCAGCUGCCUCUGCUAUGGCCCUCCAGCCUGGUAUGCUUCAACUGAUACCAAAGAGAUCGGCACUUGAAAAGACCAAUGGUGCCACUCCGGUCUUUAACCCCAGUGUUUUCCACUGCCAGCAGGCUCUGGCUAACCUGCAGCUCCCGCAGCCGGCAUUUAUCCCUGCAGUUGAAAUUCUGAACAACAGAGUUACGGAGUAUCAAGAUCUCUCCAUGAGAACCUCCAUAUGGCCUUUCCAUGUAUAUUCUCGUAGGUCCUCUUCUACCAAUGCAACAAUAAGUGUGGUGCGGUCAAUAUAUUAAACAAAACGCAUAGACCAACCAACAGAUUCAAUUGACAAAACCAGUAAAGCGUUAAACAGUCAGUGGAGAUGUUAAAACAGCAUAGAAAAUGAGUAACUACCAUUUAUCUUAUUUGAAUUAGUAGGUAGAACGUGACCGUAAAGUUUUGUAGUUUGUUGCAUUAUUCAUUGUGAUUUUCCAAUAACCAUUAUGCUGAGUGAAUCUCCACAGUGGGUAAAUGUUCGUCUGUUUUGAAGUGUUACCUUACUGUUUUGUUUACACAGUAGUCUAUUGGGUUGAUUUAGAAUGUAACAAAGGUAUCCAGUACCAUUUUCCUCACUGUUGUAUUGUAUUGUAUUGUGGUGUGUUGUGUUAGAUUUUUACAUACUAUAGUGUUUUCCUCUAGGUGUUUGGUGUUUGAUUUCAACUAAAAUAUUAUUAACGGGAAACAGAAAUAUGUGUGUUUGAAAAACAUAACAGAUUAAUGUUAAUAUGCUUUCUCUCUCUUCAGAACAUUUCUGUAAGUUUCUUGAGGCAGACAUUCAUUACAAACAUGCAUGUGUAUAAUUUGUACCUGCCGAUCUGACCUUGCAUAAUACAAUCACAUGACUAGGGUUUUUGGAGGGAGAGAGAAAUAAUUAUCUGCAGAAAAAAAAAACAGGGAACUUCUGAAAAUAUGAACCCCUAAUGUCACUCCUCAAAAAGCUUACAGAAUUACAGUUCACCCUUAAAGGAAUUUCUCAGCAUUUAUGUGAAUUGCCCAUUACGUUUCUUGUGGUUAAAGGAUCCUAUCUCCUAGGUUAAGCAUCUAAAGCUGAACUAUUUGUCAAUUUCAGCUGAAUAUUGGUAUUUGGAGCUUUAAAAGUAUGCUUGAUUGUAGGUUAUAAAUUAAACAGGAAGGUGAGGGCGUGGAGAUAGUUUUCACAUUUUAGAGGAAAGUGCUGGAAAACCAUUGCAACGUGACCUUUUAUACAAGUGCCAUUCUCUGGCUGAAAAUGGUGCAUUCUCUUUAGACUACUCUGAAUAAUAAGAGGCAAUCUUGCAAAAGUCAGGGUGAAAGGGAAUUGGUUCCAAGUGAGGCCUUUCCUUCCCAAAUGGAUAGCCUUCCCCGCUGAUCACAGCUGGAGCGUGAAUAUAGGUCUGGAGAAUCAGUGGGGGUGAGGAGGAGGGUAGGAAGGCAUUUCAAGUGAGUCUUUGGUUUACUCACAACUGCUAGAAAGGCCGUCCACAGUUGACUUUAGCUUCUGUUCACACGAAUUUCCAGUUCUGUUGAACACUUCAACGAGGGAACCAGCCUCUGUGUCAAGUUGCCUUUCCCAGACUUUAUUGACAACAGAGCCAUAUCGUAACCAAGCCUUUUUUUGUUUCUUCAUUUAGAUUUGUUUGUUUUUAUAUGUAUUUGAAAACUGUAAUAGAGAGGUUCUCAGCACCCUUUGGUUGAGACAGACCAGCUGUGCUCCGUGGAGCUGAGCUGAAUUCACAUUACUAAUCCUCCUGAAAUAAUUGUGUGACCAAGUAAAAUGGUUCCCUAAGAUACUUCACAUCAACCUAGGUUUAAUAUUUUCUACUAAAUACAUAUUCUUUCACUAGAAAGCAUACAGUCAGCAAAUUUAAUACAUAUCGCGGGUUUGUUUUCCUUCGUGAAAAUGACAAGCCAAGAGAAAAUUGGAUUUAGGAUUCCUUAAGCUGGCUAGCAGCAUUUGAAUCACAGAACAACGGAGUUGGCACAACCUUCUCAAGAGGGAUGAAACUAGGGCCCGGGGCACAUGACCUGCCCAUGGCUACUUACCUAAUCGGUGGCAGUGAGACCCAGAAAAAUCUCCCAACUUUUGAUUGUUCCUCUGUUUCGUGCUGUUGGUGCUUCAGAACAUUUGAAACUCUAAUCCCAAAGCAGAUCCAUUCUGCUCAGAAUACAAAUGAGCAAAAUUAGCCGCACGUAGCUGAUAACCUGUUGUUCUUGAUGCUCCGUCCCGAAUCACGGUCAUCAGUCAUUUCUAAAUGGUCUUGCUUGUGUCAAGACACUGUUGUCUGUUAACAGUAUUGCCUGGCUUUAGAGAACCAGAGGGGUCCAGACUUUGACCUGUUGAUUCUUUGAACCACUUCAUUUCUGUUUCCCAAAAUCUUAACCUUGUGAAAUAACUUGUGUAUAGAUCCUGUGCCAGUGCCUCUCCAGAAAGGCAGAGCUAAUCCCACAAACCCAGGAAGGAAGCACCCAAGCUAGUCUGGGCUUCUUCCUUAAGGGGGAUAGAGAUGUCUUCAGUGCGAAACGAACUCUUUUUGUGUAGUUUUGAUGUUUUGAUACAAUGUACUGUCUCAUUUAACCCUUUAAACUUCUGUCGAAGAUGUACGUAGACCAGAAGUGUAGUGUACUGUGGUUUUUAUGAUGCUGUGAGCACUGGAAGACAUCAGUGAUGACUUAUUUUUCAGUAAGAGUUCAGUGAAGGAUAUUCAGGUAGUUGGAGUUUUGGGUGCCACAAUAUUUGAAAGAGUUGGCAUUGUAAAAGUUAACUUUGUAAGUGAAUUUAAAGAAAGAAGAUUCAAGGCUCUAAAGUUUUGAUCAGAUGCAAAAGAACGUUGACAAAAAUGUAAUUGUAAGAUAGCACUCUUUAAACUAGUUGUGCAAUGAUAGCACUCUUUAAACUAGUUGUGCAAUGACUUAAUGCAGAGUCUCUUUAUUCAAGAAAAGAAACAAAGAAACGAGAGUCAUUAGACUAUAAAUUUCCAGUUAAAAAGUCAAGUCACAAAACUAAUCAGUGACUCUAAACAAUAAUUUACUGGAUGAAUUGUAUAUAUAAAAUUCUAACCACUUGUGAUUCUUAGUUGACAUUUUAUAAGCUUUGUAUUGUACAAGGGCCUCUUAUUUAUCCACAAUUAUUGUUUUUGUCUGUUUCUCUCAGCCUUUUGCAAAAAUAGGCAAGAGUACUGAAACUUGGAUAAAACAGGUCAGGUAUACAGAGAAAACAAUCUAAUCUAGUUAUCUGUUAAGAAGUUUUUAGUAGUUCAAAAAAAUUUUUGAAGGCACUAUGUGAACAGAAGUAUAUUUUAAAGAGGGAUUAAGAUGAAAUUAAAACCAAAUGGAUUCAUAAAAUUGCUAUUUAAAUACAGUAUUUACUUUUGCAAUUGGAGCAUGAAUCUCUAACCAGCUGUUGCAUUUCAUCUCACUUGUCUAGACUAGAGUCUAAUUUGUAGUUCAUUGUCAAGUGAAAAGCCAUCUUCUCCCUCCUCCAUCAACCUUUGCCAUCCGUUUUUGAACAUGCGAAAGCACUUUGAUCUUGCCAUUAAGUGUUGUCCUGUACCACGGGGCUGUGUUCACUAAGGUUCCAACUUACUUUAGUCUGUAGGGUAGGCUGUGAUGCACAGUGUGAUUAGAAACUGGAAUCCUCUUUCUUUUUGUCCUUUCUCCAUUUCUACACACAUUGAAAUAGAAGUAGAAAAAUGGGCUCUCUCCCAGUUGUGUUGACUAGAUGUAGGAAGAUAGUGACCUCAUUGUUAAUUUUACCAGUGCCUGUCGAAGGCACCAGAAUGAAUAGUAUCUAAAAGAGUAUCACAAAUUUGUUUGCAAACUUAGUUGAUAGCAUCCUCAAACUGUAGAUAAUGAUUGCAAAGAUAGGUUCUGAGCACCAAGUCACUAACCGGUGCCAGGUUUUCAUUUUUCUUUUGAGUUUUUAAGGUUUUUAUUAGACUACAUUUUUAUAUCUCUAAGUCACUAACAAAUUUAACUUUGCAGGAGAGUUAGAGAGGAGUUUAAGAUUUACUACAUGUACUCAACCCACCUAGAUAGCUUCUAAACUGACACCGAAACAUGACAAAAUGUAGAUUAUAGUCCGUAACUAUUCUUUACAGUUCACAGUUUAAGGCAAACUUAACUUUAUAUACAAAUAAUAAUUUUAACUAAUUAUAUUUAGUUGUUGCGUUAGCAACAAAACUACAACAUGGCUACCUUUAGACACGUGGUUUUUGUGAUAAUUUUACUUGUUAACUAUACAUGGUUUUUGACAGUAUGAGCAUGUAGAAGGUACAGCUCAAAACUCAGAGAACAGAUCUGGCUGAAUUUUUCUUUAAUCCCACCUUGCCACGCAAAAGCUGAAUUUGUGUCCUUGUUUGACUUUCUCAUCAAAAAGUUUACAACACAUGGAUUCUAGAGUCAGGCUUUAUAGCUAAUAGAAUUUGUUGUGUGGAUAGGGUUAUUCCACAGUAUUUCAACUUCAAAACGUGAUCAUUGCACUUCUAAUCUAUUACCUGACCUUUUUUCAUAACGUUACUUACUCUAAAUUAUUCUAUGCAGGAGGCAUAGCUGUCCCUACAAAAAUUCUCUUUUCUGGAAUUACAUACCCACCCCAACACAUCCAGAUGAGGAUUAGAGAAAGAUGGAUGUGUAUUUUGAAAUGAAUUCAUUCAUAUUUGUAAAACCUUGUGUAAAAAUACUGUGGAAUGACCCCUUAACAGUGUUUGAGAGACAUAUGCUGCAGUUAACUGAUGGUCUCAGUUAGGGUGCGACUGUGUGAGACACACCUUUUUUGCACUUAUGUACAUAGUCCAUGAACGCUAUGCUUGGAGCUUUUGUUUUUUAAAUAUAAGAGAUCUGUGAUAAUAGCGAAAAAGUUAGUAAGAUAGUUAUUUCUAAGGCCUUGAGAAGGAGGGGGGGUUGCUAGAAGACUUAGCUAAAGCACGAUGUUGCUUUGCUGUUGAGGAGGCUUUCUGGUUUGCUACGGUUCACCAAUAGAAAAGACUUGUAACAGGUUAGGGUCACCUUCAGCUAGCUAACAGCACUGACCAAGAACGAAGAUCCCUCUUUUUUUUUUGCAAAACCAGUAGGAAAGAUUGUUGACUUUUUAGAUUAAUCUCCACUGUAAACAUACACACACACACACACACACACACACACACACACACACACCCCAGGCAGGUUUCUGAAAGGUUUUCUUUUUUCAAUGGUUGCAAGCACUGAAUUACCCUCUCAUUUUGAUCAACUUAGAUUUCAUGUUUCACAGAAAAGUACCAAUUGAGAGGUAUUCCUUACAUCAGUUAAUAUCCACUUAAGUGACCAUUAAAAGUGUUAAUGUUCAUCACUACUUCUUUAAAACGCAGAUCCCAAAACCCAACUGGCAACCAUUGAAAGACUUAAUUUCACAGUUGUGUAUGGCCAGCUCAGGGCAUUUCAUUCCCUCCAACAGAAGAAGAAAGAAAUGCUCCUGGCUCAACUUUAUAAAUGUUUUUACUUACCUUAUGCCUGUUCAGUGGAAGCUGUCCUCUGACUUGCCUUUACCGGAUUAGAAAGUGCUUCACGGUGCCAUACAGCCUCCUACUGUUUUAACUAAACAUAAGAGAACCAGCCCAAAUCUCACAUAUUUAGGAGUUGGAAAAGGAUGUUUCAAUCAGACCAUUUCUGUCAAUUUCAGCUCCCCGAUCACCUACCAUUCCCCCAUCUAACUUUUUGUUGCCUCCAGGCAAUGAGGUCAGAAAGGUAUGAGGAUAGGUCACAGGAGGAAGUGAGAAGGAACAUAGGUUCCUUCCUUGGAGAAGGAACCCACCCUGGGAACAGGGGAGCUGGUAUCAGUAUCGCUACCCAUCUUGCUGGUUCUCCCUUACAGAGAGAGGAAAACGAGCCAAAGCCAGAAAGCAGUCCAAGCCUUACAGUUGUCCAAUAGCUCAGGGCCAGUUGGUUAGAAAUUUCUGUCUUUUUUUUCCCCCCUUCAGCCCUUAAUCACUCAAGAGUCAGCUCUGCAACUAACAGCCUGACCAUCUGACCAGCAUCUGCGCUGGUCCACUUGUAAGCAUUCACACAUUCUAUAGUUAGGGACUCCCAACUUCCACCUCACCACCAGCAUAAUUUCCCUACUUACCCUGUGUUCUUGUUUUGAUAGUCCUCUGUGAACCUAUAAGCCACAACAAUAUAUUUUCAUAAAGCCAAGAGAAAUAUACAAUUUUAAGUGAAGAAUCAUCUAUAAUAUAGUAAGUAUGAACCGAAAAGCAUCACAAAGGAGAACCAGUUAAUUGAUGACACAUUAUCCAUGCUGACCACCAUUGGGUCACACUCUUUGGAGCUGAAACACAGGGGCUGUGUUUUGGUGAGUCAGAUUAGAGAAGGAAACAUAACAAAAGAUGAGAUGACUUGAGGCCCAAAAAGGAUCUCUGCUAUUAAACCCAGGAAAGGGCUUCACUGGACUAGUCCAUACAGUUUCCAGCCCCUCCACUUGGCUUUGCCUAGGAAAGAACUACCCAGUAAUACUCCAAAGCAGCCUGAUUCCACAGAAAUUUUAUCUUUAAUUAGAACCCAUCCUCAAUAGCAGUAGACCAAAAAGAAAAAAAAAAUGUACCACUUUAAGUCCCAACUAUUUGAAGUUAUUGCAAAAAUUCUCACUAGUCACCUUCUACAUCAUAAUCCUUUAAUUUCUUUCUUAAAGUACCUCUGUAACAAGACCUAAAAGUAACCCCACUUUAGGCCAUGCUUUUUCUCCCAAAACACACAACCUACAGAUUUAUCUGUCAUAGAACUGCAUGGUUGCAAAGCUUUAUUUCUGUAUACAGAUGCUGUCUGUUCGUGAUGGAAACCAAAUUACUCUGUGUUGCUGUCUUUUGUGUCUAGCAGUUGAGAGAAUGAGACGACCAUCCUAUUGUUGGGUUCUGGGGUUGCCCUUUUCAAAAUAAAUUUCCUUUUAUUAUUGUUGUUUCUGCUUCAGUUAUUAGCAAAUGAACCAUUUGUUAUCAUACCCCCAAAUUACAAUCAUUUAAAUUUUAAUAAAAGAUGUUUCCCAAUGUAUUCUUUUUUUUUUAAGGGCUAACAUUGUGCAUUUAUGUAACAACAAUCCAGUACAAUGUAGAAAAUGAAGCACAAAUUUGGGACAAAAGAAUGUCAAUUUAAAAAUAUCUGUAGGUAGGACAAUUAUUAGCCAUGUGCAACAACUAUGGAUUUAAAUAAUGACCACUAUAUUUUACAGAUGAAAACUCUUCCCAACAUAUUUUGCCUCCAAAAUGCCAUAGUUCAUUCCCUCAACUGCUGUCAAUAGGGUAGAUGCUUUGAUUUUUUUUUUCCAUCCACCACCCCCAAGUUAUAGUGCUGUACUGCUCAUUUGUGUUUAGAAGUGUGCAUUAUGCAAAUCAUUUUAGUAUGCUACUUGUGUUGUUUAUUUUUUGGUUCUUUUAAUAAAAUGCAUAAAUUUCAUGGUUCUGUCUUUUUUUAUGAAUCCGUACUCAUACAUUAGGAGUUUACUUAAAAGCUAUUCCUGUUCUAGUAGAUUAAUCCUAAUAUUUAGUAAUUCUAGCAUAAAAUUUAAAUUUAUGACUUGGUCCCAAGUUCUAUUUCAUACAGAGAAGAAAUUUAUUUCCAAAUAUACCUGAAGUAUUAUGAAUUACAUAGAUAAUACACUCAUUGUAUUAGAUGUAUUAUUUCUCUGAUAUUGAAGUUACUAACACAAAAAAGGUACAUUUGUAUUUUAGUAAAAGAAAACUAAACAUUUUGAGAUAAUGCUUGCUGGCUUCUAUUGUGCUUCAGAAAUUCUGAGGCAUUUCCUAAGAUACGUUAUUCUAAGUUCAUAUUUUCCAGUUAUUCGUUUCUAUCUUGCAUCUUCAGUGGAACAUAUGAAACCCGAGUUGUUUGUUCCAUUUCCCGCCCCCCAAGAUGGGCAUCAGUGGUUUUGUAACAAUGAAAUACGUGAAUUUUUCCAUCACAAUGUUUUCUCUCAUUUAAAAUUACUUUUCACUAACAAAUGGCACUGGAAGAAAAGAUAAUCAUUUUUGUUCUUUAAGAAAGCAAAAUAUAACUCGGUAAUACUUUAUUCUGUCAGAUUUCUGAAUACUUAAAAACAGUGGCCACUAUUUAGUAGUCAGGCUGAUAGAAAACAGAGGUGAAGAGUCUUUGGAAUACUCAAAUCUUUCUUCACGUGUCUAGAACUGUGCUGGGGGCCAAGGAGGAGGUCCAUUGUCAGCUGAAUCCUACAGAGCUAAGCACUCCCUUGUCCCCCGUGCCCUACUUUACUCUUUCUGAGCGUGGUUCCCACGGUGGCAUUUCCCAAUAAGCCAACUUGGAGCCCUCGGGUGUGUUGUCCAUGUUUCUGUGAGUCUGUGAUAAUCCCAAAGUGAAGACCAGUUUAGCAUAUAGACAUUAACAAAAGGUCUUUGGCCCCUUCGGAAUUCAGUUUAUGUCUUCUUGGAAACUGGCGCGUGAUAGGUAAGAAUUCAGGGAGGCAUUCCCAAGCCCCAUCAAAAUGGAGUUUCUAUCAGGCCGGAGGGAGGUUGACCCUCAGGCAAAACUGGCUGUACGCUGUUGACCUUGGCACUUUUCAACCUCUAUUCAGCAGCCUUCUAGGAGCCUCCUUUUCUCAUCCCCCAUGGUGGUCUCUGGCUCUCUAGAAGGUCCAUGGUAACAACUUAUCAGACCUGCUCACCCAGACAGAUCUGGACUUCAUUCCUUCAGAACUUCCCCGUUGGGCAUCUCAGGCUAUGGAGAGCAGCUCAGAGCUGAGAUCUAGGACACCAGUCACACCACAGUGUUAGACUGGCAGUAUUUAUGGGCUGCCCCCUGGGAGUAUUUGUAUUUAAAAAGUCAUGACUCAGGGCAUCUGGCUGGCUCAGCCAGCAGAGCUACAUGAUGCUUGAUCUCGGGGCCCUGAGUUCGAGUCCCACAUGGGGUGUAACAUUUACUUAAUAAAUCAAAAAAAAAAAAAAAGACAUGACUUUCCGGUGGCCAAAUACCAGAAGGUCGCAUGUCUAGAUGAGGGGUAGAUGUUUUUUACCA